AUGGCCACCACGAUUGCUGCCCCGGCUGGUCCCAACUGGCUUACCCCUGGGCCCACACAGGUGUUCGCUGCCGGCUACGUCUUCACGCUUGAAGCCAUUGGCCACCUCUGCGUCAUGGCUUACGGUCUUUCAGAAGAAACAGUUCGACAACUGGGCCACUCUGCGCUGCCGAUUGGCCGCCUCGCUUUCGUCGGUCCAGGGAUGAAGCCCCCCAAACUCCCUUUGGAUGAAGAGACGGAGCGAUUUGUCGACGUCUGGUACCCACCCUCGAUCCGAGAGCUGGAGCAGUUCUCGGACGUCCACUAUAGGAAGAUGUGUCAUGCUGCACAUCAUGAAGGUCUAUCGAACAGCGCGGCCAUGUGCGCGAAGAGGAUUGACGAGGAGGGGAACCCCGCACGAUGA